AUGGACGUGUGUCGUGUGUGUCUCGAAGAAGCUCCCACUAUGGUGGAUCUGUUUUACAAGGACAGCGUGCUGUCACUUGCUGACAGGCUGAUGUUUUUGUCGAACGUUAAGGUUGCACCAGAUGAUGGGUUACCUUCGCAAAUAUGUUGUGAAUGUGGAGAUAAGCUUGAUUUAUCAUACAAAUUCAAGCUACAAGUGGAAGAGUCACAUGCGAUUCUGAAAGAAAAAUUUGACUCUUUUAAUGUAAAACAGGAAUUUUUUUUUCAUGAUGCUGAUGUUAAUAUAUCUUGUGACGAAAAUGUGGAAGACGUGACGUGUGAUGAUUUGAUUUUACCAGCUAAUCCAUCAGAUAAUACAACAAGAGAAUUUGAAGUAAGAAAGCAUGAAGAUCAAGAUGAAAAACAUGCAGUUUCAACUGAAAUUCAGGAAAAUCAAGAAUCGCAUAAAGUUGAUGGAGAAGUGCAAGAAGUAUCAGAAAAAAAUCAGGAUGCACAAGACGAACUUGAAGAAAUAACCAUCAAAGAAAAUGGUUAUCAGACAAAAAUACAAGAGGAAUUGAACGAAAUUCAACAACUGGCAAUGCAUGAACAUGAUUACGUAGAAUCACAGUUGGUUGGUACCAUAGAGGAAAAACACGAUAACAAAUGCCAAACUGGAAAGAAAUUGGUAAAAGAGAAUCUUAGGCACGUAAAUGUGCAAGAAGCACCUAUUUUGAAUGAAUCGAUUCGAAGAAGCAAACGUAAGUUAGUACAACAAAAAUCUCCUGCUCGUAUAUCCUCCGAUGAAGAAAGCUAUUUUGAAAAUUUAAAUCUUAGCUGUCGAUUGAAAAGGGUCCAAGAAAAAUCUGAAAAAAUUUAUUUUUUAUGCUAUUGGUGUGACAAGCAAUAUUUGUCGAGAGAAAUCCUAAGAGAGCACAUGUUUUCUCAUGAGGAAGUGAAAAAAACUCUAUCUCUUGUUGGCAAAUCUGUUGAAAAAAUGCAACUUCGCAAAACAUCAGAAAAAUCUUCCAGUACAACUUUUAGUCCUAGCACAUUAAAACCACCGUUGAGUGGAAAAAAAGUCAACACUUGCCCACACUGUGGCAAAGAGUAUCUGUAUGUGAUAUCUUAUAAAAAACAUUUGAAACAGCACAGAAAGGAAAUAAAAGCUUCGAAAGAAGUCUCAAUGCCUUUGGAAGUUACAGUCUGCAGAGAUGAAGAUGAUUUAGAUUUUCAUAGUUUUGAUGACACUUGUGCUAUUAAUUCCGAUAGCGAUAAUGAAAAGUCAAAGGCUGAAAAAUUAAAAGAAGAAGAAGAAGAAGAAGAAAUAGAACACAGGCAAAGUAUCGAUACACCGGAAAAGUAUGAAGAAGAUGAGGCUGAAAAUAUUCUUAUCAGACUGAAAUCAAAGAGAGAUUUGUCAGCAGUUGAAAAAAAUAACGUACUGAAGCAAAAAGAUGAAUCGACAACGAAAUUCAGGUGCUUGUAUUGCCCGUACACUUUUAAUCAUGAAAAGGCGCUAACUUUGCAUCUUAAAAUUCACAAAGAACAUUGCGAAUUGGAGUGUACAAGUGAGCCGCCAGGCAAUAGUCAACCCAAAGAUUAUUGCUGCAACGACUGUGGCAAGAACUUCGGCAUGGAGCUCAUGCUCAGGAAUCACUUGAUUGCAACUGGUCAUAGGACAACUGUUGAAGGUGAACAGUACGAUUUAAGUAAGAGAAUUAAGAGAGUAGCUGCUAAGGCUGCUCUAAAGGUCAUCGAUAAAAUAAAGACGGAUCUAGAUUGUGAGGGAUCGGACGAUGAAAGAAGUAUUAAAAACGAAGCUAAGGAUGCAGAUUUUGAUGUGCAUUCAGAAAUGACGGAGAAAAUUAAAAUUACAACAGACCUAAGGUCACCCGCAUCCAGAAACAAAGUGCUGUUUUGCGCGACUUGCAAUCAAAAGUGCUCGUCUAAGCAAGCCCUGACAAAACACAUGGAGCAGCACACAAAGGAAGAGAACUCCACGAAGCAGGAAAAUUCCGAUGACGGGGACAUGAAAGAUGACGAUGAUUAUGGUAUCGAUGAUUGGCCAAUGGACAACUACGAAUGCCCGACCUGCAAGAAAAAGUACAGCACGAAGAAGUCGUUAUUGCGUCACCAGCUGCUGCAUGAAGAACCAAACUUCGAGUGUGAUAUUUGCAGUAUAAAGUUUCAUCGGAAAGAUAAGCUCAAGGCCCACUACGACAAAUGCUCGGAAAAGAAUCCAGACCAAGUACGAAAAUGCAAUAUUUGUAAUGACAUCUUCAAAAACAACGAGGUGUUGAAGGAACACCGCCUCAAGCACGUGGCUGAGGGUAUUCUAACCGAGGAAGACCUCCUGGAAAUGGACCCAAAACCCGAGGAGAAGAGCGAAGAUAAGGGUACCCGCAAGAGGCGUACCGACAUCGUUGGCCUUGAGUGCACCGAGUGCAACAAACGGUAUACCUCGAGGAAAGGACUAUUGAGGCAUUUGCAGGUGCACGAGGGCAAAAAAUUCCUAUGCGACAUGUGCCCCAAAAAGUUCUACAGGCGAGAACAUCUGAAGAUUCACGUGGCCAAGCACAACAUAGUCAAACCGUACAAGUGUCACAAAUGUCCAAAGCGUUUCAUCAAAGAGGAACUGCUGAACAACCAUCUGCUGAAGCACGAUCGAGUCCCAAGGAAGCCAAAAGAAAGCACGAACGAUGGCACCAAACGCUUUCUCUGCGAGAUCUGCUCCAAGAGCUUCACGCAAUCAACGACCUUGGUUGCCCAUUUGCGCGCCCACAAUGGCAUCAAGCCCUACGUUUGCGAUGUUUGUUCGAGGCCCUUCACCACUAACGCCUACCUCAAGAUGCACAUGCGUACGCACACCCAGGAACGGCCGUACAUCUGCCAGUACUGCUCGCGAGCUUUUGCCCGAGCGGACACCCUGGCCAAUCACUUGACCUCGCACACGGGUGAAGCCAAGUACCAUUGUAAGUUUUGCCCGAAGCACUUCAGGAGGCUCAAGUCCCUCAAAGAGCACGUAUUCAUCCAUACAGGCCAGCGACCCUACGCCUGUCCUACCUGCGACCGCAAGUUCAACAACAAUGGCAGCAGAUACGCUCACAGCAAGCGCUGCAAACAGCACAAUGAACAACAGACGUCCCAAUCUGGAGCCAUCAUGCAUGAUAUUGGCAUCGACUCGGAGGAGCAGGCACAAAUUGUGAUGAUGACUGAAGAACAGGAGAGAGAGGAGGAGGAGCAGCAGCUGCAGCAGCACCAGGAGGAGGAUGGGGAAGGGAACGUAGCCCAAUUGCAUUUGAUCAACGAGGCAGAUUUACAGGUGGGUCACGUGACACAGCACCAAGUGGUCCAGAGGAUAGACGCGGUGGCCACCGGACAGAUCCUCAAGCCACAGAGCAUCAAGACUAUUACCUUAGCGAGGCCGGUCGAUGGUUCGCUUGGCCAGCAGCACGUCGUGGGUCAAGAGAUUCUCAUGCCUCUGAUAUUGCCGUUCACGGUUACGCUCGGCGAAGUUGGCGAUGAGGUUAUUUUGUCCGAGGAUACGAAAAUUUUCACCACUUAAGGCGUAAUUUGGACGCUGUGUUACAGACGAACACUUUCUACACAGUGGUAACUCGAAUCGAAAUGUCUAUUUUUGUGUUUUACUUGAGGUUUACGAUACAAGUUUUUGGGACGUCGGGAGGUUUCAGUGGACAUUUUGACGCUUCGUUGUUUGUGAGAUAGUUCGAGUAUUAUUUAUGUGCAAAAUACAUACCUUUAGAUGUCCAACUAUCGAGAUAUUAUUAACAAAUGGUAAUUACGAAUUUCUCUAUCUUGUAAAAGGUAAACAGACCAAAAUUGCAAAA